AUGUUCCUCCUGCUGCUUCUGCUGCUCCCCAAUAUAGUGUCCCAAGGACAAAGUGCUAAAUGCGCAACAAAUCAUCCUGUUCAUGUUCCACACGAGUGGUAUGAGCCAGGUGACCUGGUCAUUGGUGCAAUGGCAUCUCAUAUUUAUUACAUAGUCCACAAGGUUUCCUUCAAGAAACACCCUUCCCAGCACUUCAUUGAUGCCCCACUGGUGUUGACAAAGUUCUACCAGCAAAUCCUGGCCUUGGUCUUUGCUGUUGAUGAGAUCAAUGAGAAUCCCAGGAUGUUGCCCAAUGUCUCUCUCGGCUUCCACAUCUAUGAUAGCUAUUAUGAUUCAAAGAUGACCUACCGAAACACUCUGGACCUGAUCUUUAAAUCACGUCACUUUGUUCCCAACUACAAGUGUGGCAUCCAUAAAAAUGUCGUAGGAGUCAUUGGGGGACUCAGCUCUGAUACCUCCUGGUGCAUGGCAAACGUCUUAGGUCUUUUCAAGAUUCCACAGAUUUCAUAUGGUUCAUUUGAACCAGCCAUAAAUGAUGGAACCAAGUUCCCUUCCUUUUACCGCAUGGUCCCCAAUGAAGACCUUCAGUUUCAGGGAAUUAUCCAGUUACUUCUGCAUUUUGGAUGGAAAUGGGUUGGGCUCAUCACUACAGAUAAUGAAGCUGGAGAACGUUUCUUACAGACAAUUGAGCCAAUGCUUUUCAAGAAAGGAAUCUGUUCAGCAUUCACAGAAAGACUUAAAUUCAAUAUAAAUUAUAACAGUAACCAACUAGAAAUGCUGCAUAACACAAGGAUCUGGUUGCCAAUUUUGACAACCAGCGGAACCAAUGUAGUUCUUGUGUACGGAGAAAGUAGAUUUAGUAUAUGGUUGUCAGGUGCUUUAAGCACAAUGGAGUUAUCUCAGCUACUAUUUCCUCAAAAGAAUUCACGUGAAGGAACACUCCACUCAUUCCUGCAGAGAAUCUCAUUCAACAACAGCGCUGGGGAUGAAAUUACAUUAAAUGAAUAUGGAGAGUUAGCAGCUGGCUUUGAUAUUACCAACUUGGUCACUUUCCCAAAUAAUUCCUAUGUCAGGGUCAAAGUGGGAAGUUUGGAUCCUCAGGCCCCUCCAGGUAAAGAGCUCACCAUUAAUGAAGACAGAAUCAAAUGGCACAGACGCUUCACUAAGGUGCCACCGCUUUCUCUAUGUAAUGCCAACUGCCAUCCUGGUUACGGGAAGAAAAAGAAGGAGGGGAAGAAGUUUUGCUGCUACGAUUGUGAUCCAUGUCCAGAAGGAAUGAUUUCAAAUGAGAAAGACAUGGAAACAUGUGUCAGUUGCCCAGCAGAUCAGUAUCCAAACAGCGGCCAGGAUCUAUGCAUUCCUAAGAUUCCAAACCUCCUAGCCUUUGAUGAAACCUUGGCCAUUGUUUCAACUUCCUCUGCACUUUUAUUCUCUCUCAUCACAAUUCUGGUGUUCGGCAUCUUCAUUAAGCAUCGCAAUACAGCCAUAGUCAAAGCCAACAACCGAAGCCUCACCUAUGGUCUCCUUAUCUCCCUCCUCUUGUGUUUCCUCUCUUCUUUGUUGUUUAUCGGAAAACCUAAUAUGGUGACUUGCCUUCUCCGACAAACUGCUUUUGGCAUUGUCUUCUCUGUGGCCCUCUCCAGCAUCUUAGCCAAAACCAUACUGGUGGUUUUGGCAUUCAUGGCUACCAAACCAGGAUCCAAUAUGAGGAAAUGGGUAGGCAAAGAACUGGCUUAUUCCAUUGUCUUUUCCUGCUCCAUUGUCCAAGUAGGAAUCUGUGUCCUCUGGCUGGCAACCUCUCCCCCAUUCCCAGAUGUGGACAUGCACUCAAUGCCUGAAGAAAUCAUAUUUCUUUGUAAUGAAGGGUCAGUCUCCAUGUUCUAUUGUGUUUUGGGCUACAUGGGCUUCCUGGCCACUAUCAGCUUCACGGUGGCCUUCCUAGCCAGGAAGUUGCCUGACACUUUCAAUGAAGCCAAGUUCAUCACCUUCAGCAUGCUGGUCUUCUGCAGUGUUUGGCUCUCCUUCAUUCCAACCUACCUGAGCACCAGAGGAAAAUACAUGGUGGCUGUGGAGAUCUUCUCCAUCUUUGCUUCUGGUGCUGGGUUACUGGCUUGCAUUUUUUGCCCUAAAUGCUACAUAAUUGUGGUGAGGCCAGACCUGAACAACAGAGAACAGCUAACACAAAGAAAGGUAUAAAUGACAGUUGAAUUUGUGGUUCUGUUGGGUCUGAGAAUACAUG